AUGGAGUUGCAGGCGACGAGAGGGCGACGGGUCAGGUGCAUUAAAGAUGAAGCUUCUUACAUUGCUUGCUGUGUGCACCCUUGCCUACAGUGUCUUCUGUGCCAGUGAUGGUGACUGGUGUUACCAUGACCCCAGGUGCGAUGUCGCCACGUGGCCGAAGAACUUUACUAAGUUUUGCAAUGGCUCUCGGCAGUCUCCCAUCAAGAUCACCAAAGCGUCAGCUACCAUAGACCUAAAUCUGAAAAACUUCACCUUCACCAACUAUGACAGCAAAACUAAAUUCAAGAAGAUUAUGAAUACUGGAAAGACUGUUAAAGUGACUUUAGACAGCGGCGUCAAGAUUUCAGAAGGCGGACUGUCUGCAGAGUACGACGCCCUACAGUUCCACUUGCACUGGGGAAACGGAACCACGGCCGCUGGUUCUGAACACACUCUGGAUGGCAAACAAUUUGCCAUGGAGAUGCACAUUGUCCAUUCCAAGACAGCCUACAAUGGAAAUACCACAGUCGCUGUCGCCGACUCUGAAGGACUUGCAGCUCUUGGUUUCUUCAUUGAGGAAUCCACGACUGAUGAGACAAAUACAUUUGACAGCUGGGAGAAGCUGACCUCCUUCCUGACAAAUAUUCUGGACGCAGGAUCUGAGCACGACAUAAGUUCCUCCCAAAUUUCGCUGGAUGAUCUGCUGGGCAACGUGAACCGCUCGAAGUACUUUCGCUACCUGGGUUCUCUGACCACGCCAUCUUGUAACGAAGCUGUGGUUUGGACCGUGUUCGAGGAACCAAUCAAAAUAAACAAGAGCUCGAUUGACAAAUUUGGAACAACCGUUCGCAUUAGCGACGCAGGUUCUGAUGAAAUGGUGAAUGUCUACAGAAACACUCAGACAAACGAUCUAAAGGUCACGUAUUCAGGAGGCAGCAGAAACGUGGCCUUCCCAACGUGCCUUGUAUUGUUAGCUCUGCUUCUGGCCCAGCUGUGGGCGUGAGUCCACUGGGAGAAGUGUGUCCUGCCCAUCAUCGAAUCAUCCAAGUUCAUGGCACCCGACACUUUCAUUUCCCAUUCACGCACUCGACUCAUUUGACAAGUUGAUGCUGACGAAUUAAUUUUAUUGACCAUCCACCUGUUGAUUAACUUAACUCUUCUAUUGUAAGUAUUGGACCAAUGUGAAAAGUGCAGGUUUUAAUAUGAACUUAUGUCCUGUUGUCUUCAUCUGCCCAGUGCUAAUUUUGUAACUUAGAGAUUACACGCUUGACUGGCUGAUGCUAGUGGGUGUAAUGAAUGGACAUGCCGAUUCCACGGCACAGCUUUCCAUUGUGACCUACCUCCCAUGAUGCAUUCUGCCUUAUAUUGCACAUUUAAGUUGUUUUCCCUAAAUAAAGUAAUCCACCACUAUACAAA